GGAUAAUCGUAUAAUUGUCAUUAUUAAAUUGAUAGAAAUAAUUUUGGUGAAAGUUUUAAAUGGCUGUUUUGCAUCGAGCUUUGUUUACAUGGUUUAAUUUAUUAAUUUUUCUUAUUUUAUUGGUACUGAGACUUGAUCAAAGAAUACAAUGGAACUGGUUUAUAGUAUUUAUUCCAAUGUGGUUGUAUGAUAAUAUUUUGUUAAUAUACAUUGCAUUUAAUAUGAUAUUAUUUUGUAAAAAUGCCCACGAUCGCCUCAUUAGUCUUAGACGAAUGGUAUGGUAUAUGAUUGCGGUACUUAUGAAGCUAAGUGCUCAGAUCCUUGUAUGUUUAAAAUUAGAAGCAUUACAGUGGGUUUUACCAGCUAAAGCAGUCUUAGCACCGUUUUGGGUGUUGUUUACAGCACUUGCAGCAGAUGUUUUUGUUCAUCUUAUACAAAAUUCUAGAUAUUAAUCAAACAAAUGCAUGCCUAACAUUUA